AGACCUGACAAAAACAGGUCCUCAUCCACUAAACCCACUCUCACUCUUAAACCCACCCUCCCUUGCCUCAGCCAUGGCUAAGGCAGACACCCAGUAGUCUGAAUUGCGCAACACGGAGCUCUUUGAAGCUCUGUCUAAUGGCGUCUCUUUCUUUCACCCAAUUUCUUUCAUUCCCCAGGUGCCAUUCAAAAUGGCCGAAUGAUUUGCCACUGAACUUUGUGCAACUUCAGGACUUUAGAUUACAAAAUAAGUGGAAAAUUGCAGCUGUUUCUAGGACGAAAGCUUCUGGAACUUUAGGCGAAGAGGGACCUGAUGAAAAUGGGACUGUUGUAAAGAAGAAAACAACGAGGACUACGAAACGUGCCGGUGCACGAACUAGGAAGAAAGCAGUCGCUGAUAAUCCAGAGGAUAACCCUGAGUUGGUGGUUGCUAGUGAUGCUACAAGUGAUGAAAGCAUAAUUUCUGCAUCAAGUGACGAUUCCAAGAAAACCAGGGGAAGGCCUCGAAGGAAAACUGCAUCUACGUCUACUAGCUUGGAGGAAGAGAAAACCGAGAAGAAGGUGAGGAGGAGAAAGACCAAGAAGAAGGAUGAUAGUGAUGUGGAGGAUAAAGUCAGUGAAGCAGAAGUUAGUGAUCUCGAGGAGUCUACAUUUAUUGCAGAUGUGGAGGUCAAGAGUGAGGAAGACCUAGAGUUGGAAAUAGAGGAGGGAGAAGAUAUUAGCUACACAUACGGUUGGCCUCCUCUUGUUUGUUGCUUUGGAGCUGCACAACAUGCUUUUGUGCCCUCAGGAAGGCCUGCCAACAGACUUAUAGAUUACGAAAUCCAUGAAAGCAUGAAGGAUGCAUUUUGGGCCCCUGAAAAAUUUAUUAGGUCUCCUGGGGGAUCUGCAGGCAGUGUUGCAAUUGCUCUUGCAAGCUUGGGUGGUAAGGUUGCUUUCAUGGGAAAACUCGGAGAUGAUGAGUAUGGUCGGGCCAUGCUAUAUUAUUUGAAUGUGAAUGAAGUUCAAACCCGCUCAGUCCGCAUUGAUAGUAAAAAGGCGACAGCAAUAUCACAGAUGAAGAUUGGUAAGAGGGCUAAUUUGAGAACGACUUGUGUCAAACCCUGUGCAGAGGAUUCUUUAUCAAAGUCUGAGAUCAAUAUUGAUGUGCUAAAGGAGGCAAAGAUGUUCUACUUCAGCACGCAUUCCCUGCUUGAUCGAAAUAUGAGAUCAACUACAUUGCAGGCCAUCAAGAUCUCAAAGAAACUGGGAGGAGUUAUUUUCUAUGAUGUAAACAUUCCAUUGCCUCUAUGGCAGUCUGCCGAAGAGACCAAGAUGUUUAUAGAACAGGUGUGGAAUCUAGCAGAUAUUAUUGAGGUUACUAAGCAAGAACUUGAGUUUCUAUGUGGGAUCAAGCCCUCUGAGGAGUUUGACACUAAAAAUAAUGCCAGCUCAAAGUUUGUCCAUUAUAAACCUGAAGUGGUUUCACCUCUUUGGCAUGAAAAUCUUAAGGUUUUGUUUGUGACAAAUGGGACUUCUAAGAUACACUAUUACACUGAGGAACACAAUGGCGCUGUUAUUGGGAUGGAGGAUGCCCCAAUUACUCCUUUCACUUGCGAUAUGUCAGCAUCUGGAGAUGGCAUUGUUGCAGCUCUCCUGAGAAUGUUGACGGUUCAGCCAGACCUAAUUACCGAUAAAGGAUACAUAGAGCACACAAUCAAAUAUGCAAUUAACUGUGGGGUCACAGACCAAUGGCUGCUCGGGCAAACUCGGGGCUUCCCUCCUGAAGAAGAUAUGGAGGAAGAAGUGGUCCCUGAUUCAAAUGGCAUUAGGUCAAUAACAGAAAUGGAAUACCGUACAUUGAAGCCUGUAAGUUGACUUGGGUGGUUGCACUGAUUAAUAUAGUUUAGUGUUACAUGCCUCGGAUAGUUGGAGAAAAAUGCUUCCCUUGUAAAGAGCUCUGAAUGACUAUUCCCUUUAGACAACUGGUGGGGAUUCUGGUCUUUGCUCUACUUUUUCAACACCAAUUUUGUAUUGUAGGGAUAGCAUCUAUGAUCAAAGCAUGAGAAUUGAAAUUC